AUGGCCAAAUACGCAAAUCUGCGCGAUAGAGUCUCAUUCCCUAAAGUCCUUGACCUGCCGGAUUACCAGAUCUAUGACCCAGAGCACUAUAAACAUGUCAGUGACCAGGUGAUCGAACCACGAAGGCAUUGGUGUCUACUCGCCGAGAUUAUUAAGAUAAAUAAAGGCUUUCCGCUCAAACUCCUGGCUUGCAGUCUCUAUAACGAGGAGCCAUUUCAUAUCGUCUUUCAUACUCAUGAUCUAGGACGCUCCUUUGUGACACCUGGUCUGAAGAACGAACGUACGGUUGCCAUCAUGUAUGCUCGAAAGCAUAUCUCACGCCGGAACUCAAUCGAUGUUAUUGUGACCGACCAUUACUCGAUCAAGGCGACAUCGGCCCGCGGGGAAUCCGCUGCAGGGCCAAACGGGCUGUCGCGGGCCCCAGACCGAGGUUGGGUGAUCGGCCCAAUGGCGGGGACGCCAGCAAUCCCUCCCAAAAGGCUUAAGCUCCCCAGGAUCUUCCCCAUAACACCACCUUCGUCUAUCCAUCGUUUCUUCUUUUCUCUUGUUCCCCCUCAUGUUCAUACCGGAAAUUUGAUUUGGACUGUGAAGAUGUUUCGGUCAGUUCCUCGUCGGAUUCCUCGACGCUUUGCCACUCUCCCUUCGACUGCCGGCAGUCCCUCUCGUCUCGCCCUGCGUUCAUUCACAAGCGGUCAUCCGCGGAUGUCAUCAUCUCCGCUGCCGACCGUCGAGCCUCCCGUUUCGACGGUUUUGCCAUCAGACUCGUUUCAAUUGCUGUCAACCGCUGAGAAGGCUGGGGCUGCGGAGGAUGCGCUUUAUGAGCGACAGAUUAAAGAUGUAGAGGCUUGGUGGAAAUCUCCGCGGUUCGAGGGUAUCAAGAGACCCUACUCGGCUGCGGACGUUGUCACCAAACGUGGCACUUUACAGCAGACAUAUCCGAGUUCUCUAAUGGCUCGUAAGCUCUUCAAUCUGCUAAAUGAGAGAGCAGCAGAGGGAAAGCCGGUACAUACCAUGGGUGCAAUCGAUCCCGUACAAAUGACACAGCAAGCUCCAAACCAGGAGGUGCUGUAUAUCUCAGGAUGGGCAUGCUCCUCCCUCUUGACUACAACGAAUGAGGUUUCUCCGGACUUUGGCGACUACCCGUACAAUACCGUCCCCAACCAGGUACAGAGAUUGUUCAAGGCGCAACAAAUGCAUGAUCGCAAACAAUGGGAUGCCAGGCGAAAAAUGACCCCGGAACAGCGAAAGUCGACCCCAUAUGUCGACUACAUGAGACCGAUCGUUGCAGAUGGCGAUACUGGACAUGGCGGUCUUUCCGCGGUCCUCAAAUUGGCCAAGCUUUUCGCGGAGAACGGUGCUGCGGCUGUUCAUUUCGAAGAUCAGCUGCAUGGCGGCAAGAAGUGCGGUCAUCUGGCAGGGAAAGUCCUUGUGCCUAUUGGAGAACACAUUAACAGACUGGUCGCGGCUCGUUUCCAAUGGGACAUGAUGGGGGUCGAGAAUCUGGUGAUUGCUCGAACGGAUUCCGAGAGUGGGAAGUUGAUUAGCAGUGCCAUCGAUGUGCGUGAUCACGAGUUCAUCCUCGGUGUUGCCGAGGAGGUCGAGCCUUUGGCGGAGACCCUACAAGCAAUGGAGCGCGAAGGUGCUGCUCCUGCAGAGGUCGAUGCAUUUGAGCUGGAGUGGGUGAAGAAGCACAAGCUUGUCACUUUUGAUGAAGCUGUCGACGCACAUCUCGAAGCCGAAGGAGCGCCCCGUUCUGCCCGUGGUGCAUACAAGAAGAAGGUCCAAGAGAAUCCCGACCUGUCUAUCUCGCGUCGCCGAGCUCUGGCGAGCGACUACACAAAGAAACCCGUUGUCUGGUCUUGUGACAUCCCCAGGACCAGGGAGGGAUUCUACCACUACCGUGCCGGCUUUCCGGCAGCGACAAAGCGAGCCAAGGAAUUCGCCCCUUAUGCAGACCUCUUGUGGGUUGAAACCGGCGACCCCAAUGUCGAGAAGGCUGGAAACCUAGCAAGCGAUGUUCGGGCCGCAUACCCCGGGAAGAAAUUGGUCUACAACCUUAGCCCGUCAUUCAACUGGAUGGGCCAGGGCUUUGACGAGGCAUCUCUCAAGUCUUUUGUCUGGGAUCUUGCCAAGCACGGCUUUGUCCUGCAACUCAUCUCCCUUGCCGGCCUGCACAGCAAUGCCACAAUCACGACCGAACUGUCACGCGCCUUCAAGGACGAGGGAAUGCUCGCUUACGUGCGACUGAUUCAAUCCCGCGAGAAGGAACUUGGUGUCGAGGUACUCACCCACCAGAAAUGGAGCGGUGCGCCGUACAUGGACGGCAUCCUGGGCGCCAUCCAGAGCGGCAGCAGCAGCAGUAAGAGCAUGGGGGAGGGAAACACCGAGAAGGGCUUCUAA